CGAACACGUUGCACGCAUCGAAGUCGCAUCAUGUGGCGUGUGGCGGCUCGGCUCAACCAGCGAGUGCGGCGAAGCGGCGUCACCGCUUGUCGCUUCACCACAAUGGCGGAAGAGGCAUUGCCAACACCACCCGACGAAGGCGCCAAGACGAUUCAUCGCAUCAGCCCGAAUAUCUUGCGAUCGCAGGAAGAUACCCGACGCGUGCAACUUCUCAUCCGCACGUUCAAGCAGUACGGGCACUUCGUCGCGCACAUCGAUCCGCUCCAAAAGAGUGAAAAGUUACCGGAGCUCCAGAAGUGGAACUGGGGAAGCCGGUGGGUCGAAAAGCCGUUCUUUGACGACUUCAAUUUGGAGUCCCUCGCCCACAGCGCGACGUUGGAACUGCGAAACCACGGAUUUUCGGAAGAGGAUCUGGACCGCGAAUUCUUCAUCGGCGACGAUUUGUCCAUUGGGCCAGUGGCCACACUGCGCGACAUCGUUACACAAUUGCGUGCGCUGUUCUGCGGGCACAUUGCAACGGAAUACCAGCAUCUGCGCAACCGAGAAGCGGCCUUGUGGAUCCGUGAAAGCCUCGUCAAGUACAAUGCCCACCAAUUCACGCCGGCGGAGAAAGUCGCGAUCUUCAACGACAUGUUGCACGCUGAACUGUUUGAAAAGUUUUUAGGGCGCCGGUUCUCAGGGGCAAAGCGAUUUUCGGUGGAAGGUGGCGAGAGCUUGAUCCCCGGGCUCAAGGAACUACUACAAACCGCCAGUGACUUGGGUGUGGAAGCAGUGUACAUGGGCAUGGCGCAUCGAGGCCGGUUGAAUGUACUCGCCAACGUCCUGGAGCGGCCGCUUCGGUCCAUCAUGUCCCGCUUUCAGCCGUACUUGCCAGACGAACCAGACUACCCCAACGACUCGGACGACGUGCGGUAUCACUUGGGCACGGUGUCCCAUCUCUCGAUGCGAAGCGGCAAAGAUUUGCAAGUGACGCUGUCGGCAAAUCCGUCGCAUUUGGAAGCGGUCAACUCGGUAGUGCUGGGAGAGGCCAGGGCGUGCCAAGACAUCCUUCGAGACACCGAUCGGUCGCGCGUGAUGCCGCUGUUGCUGCAUGGCGACGCCUCCAUGUUCCAAGGCUCCGUCCGUGAAGCGUUUGGGUUCAGUGGUCUCGAAGACUUCAAGACGGGGGGGACUGUCCACGUGAUUAUUAACAACCAAAUCGGGUUCACGACGUUGCCAAAGCAGGCCGACACGGCCAUUUACUGCAGUGACGUGGCCAAGAUCUCGAGGAGUCCCAUCUUCCACGUCAACGGUGACGACCCGGAAGCCGUCGUCAAGGUCAUGAAGAUGGCGGUGGAGUACCGGCAAAAGUACAAGUGCGACGUUGUCGUCGACUUGGUGUGCUAUCGUCGCCAUGGCCACAACGAACAAGACUCGCCAGAGAUCACGGCGCCAGUGAUGUACCAUUGCAUCAACAAGCACCCGACCGUGAUCAACUUGUACUUUAAGCAGUUGCAAAGCCAGGGAAUUUUGACGACGGAGGGGUGUACCGACAUGAUCUCGGGGAUCGAACAAGGCUUAGCGAGUGAGCACGAGCACUCCAAGACGUCACCGUCGUUUUGGGACAACCUCGGGGACCACCACAGCGAAGCGAAUCCAAACGAAGCCACUGCAGGGAGCACGGGAGUGGAUCGUAAGCUGCUCGAGGAAAUCGGGGCACAGAUCUUUCGCAUUCCGACGACGUUCACGGCCCACAAAAAGGUUGAAGCGAUCAUGAACAACCGCCUUCGGGCUGUCGAAACAGGUGCUCGCGUCGACUGGGCCACUGCUGAAGCGCUUGCGUUUGGUUCGCUCCUCGCCCAAGGGAUCAACGUACGCCUGAGUGGCCAAGACUGCGAGCGCGGCACAUUCAAUCAGCGCCACGCUGUGCUGUACGAUCAAUAUGAAGCCCUCUCCAUGCGCAACAUUACGUACACGCCAUUGAACGAAUUGUCGCUCGACGGACUAGUGGCAAAGGUGCCCAAGUAUGAACUGCCGGCAAACGUGGCGCCGCGCAUCCAAGUGUGCAACAGUCCGUUGAGCGAGGAGGGUGUGCUCGGCUUUGAGUACGGGUACUCGUUGCAAAGCCCCAACGCGCUUACAAUAUGGGAGGCCCAGUUUGGAGACUUUGCCAACGGCGCGCAAACGAUCAUCGACACGUUUAUUGUGUCAGGAGAGCAAAAGUGGCAUCGUCAUUCCGGCUUGAUACUGAACCUCCCGCAUGGCUACGAAGGCCAAGGACCAGAGCACAGCAGCGCUCGGAUGGAACGAUUUCUCCAACAAUCGAAUGAAGACCCUGACACUUUCACGACCGACACGGUCAAGGCUGAUUUGCAUGCGAACAUCCACAUUGCGAUUCCGACCACGCCGGCGCAGUACUUUCACGCGCUGCGCCGUCAAGUGUGUGCAUCCUAUCGCAAACCACUGGUGAUGUUCACCCCAAAGUACCUGCUCCACCAUCGGCCGUGUACAUCGGACUUGAGGCACUUUAGCCUUGACACGUCGUUCCAGCGAGUGCUGGGCGACCACCCCGACGAUAAGAAGCGCCUCGUUUCGAAUGAUCAAGUGCGUCGCAUCGUCCUGUGCAGCGGCAAGAUCUACUACCCCGUCGUUCAGAGCAUGCGUGCACGCAACAUUCACGACAUUGCGACCGUGCGAGUCGAGCAACUCGCUCCGUUCCCGUUUUCCCAAGUGGCGUCUCAAAUCGAGCAAUACCCGAACGCGGAAAUCCUUUGGGUGCAGGUCGUUCUUGGAAGCGACGGAAUGCACGGCGGUCUGACAACAGGGCGGCGCUGAGUAGGAGGAACCAAAAAACAUGGGCGCGUGGUCGUAUGUCCAGCCUCGACUUGCAACGGUGUUGCACGCCAUCGAAGAUUCGCGGCGCGUGGGAUAUGUGGGCCGGCCCCCUGCGGCAUCGCCCGCGACGGGGCAAUUUGAAAUUCACCAGCAAGAGAUGCGAAUCAUUGUCGACGACGCACUUGCAUAGUUUCAACACAUUGUGUGCUCCUUUACACGUGUGCCAAUUACGUCACCAGUGUCCUAACACGUUCGAAUACAGUGUGUCUUGCCGCUGCCGCAUGGCCAAGUACGCCGCGUGCGCUUGUAA